CAUUUUAAUGGCGAAGAAUUUCGGCUGUGAACGUGUUCCCCUACCCUGUUCACGUGUUGUUUGCCCUCGAAAGCAAAUGUGUUACUACUAAAUUUGUGACUUUUGGGCAUGAAGUUAUUGACGAAAAAUUAUUGAAUCCAUUGCAAAUUGUUUCUCUAGUUUGAUUUGUUUCAUUUUGUUGACAUUGUGCGUUUUUGUUAUGCCUGCUUCGGUGGCCGAUCCGGUGGCUCUCGUUCUGCGAACCGCUUUGAGCGGGAAAAAGGGGCCUUACUCGCAUGAAUCGGAAAAUGCGACAGAAUUGCUUGAAGAUCGACUGGCAGCAUCUGCCAAGAGAGUUCUGCUCUCCUCCAUUGAAUAUGAGCCAGCUCCUAAACAACAAGUCCUUUCAAUGGACACCCUCAAGAGCAAGUACACUGUGCUCAAUUCCAGCCUUUCUGCAAAAAUCACAGCACUUAAUGGAUCCAGUCUUGUUUCAGUUCAAGAAACACUACCAGCCCCCAAGGUCACCCUAUUUCGUAGUGAAGAUGUGAAGGUUGGAUGGAAGGGCUCCGUACCAGUUGGAGCCGGCAUGAUAAACAUGGGAAAUACCUGUUACAUGAACUCAACAUUACAAGCAUUGUUUCAUAUUCCAUCUUUGUCAAAUUGGCUUUCAAGUGUCAGACAAUGUAAGAAUUGUGAUCAAAAUGGAAACCAGCUUUGUGUUGUGUGUGUCAUUGCAAAGACACUACAGUCGACACAUGAAAAGUCUGGUUCUGUUGUCAAACCCAUUCUGGUCUACAAUCGCCUGAAACUGAUUUGCAAGCACAUGGUUCAUGGGCGGCAAGAAGAUGCACAUGAAUUUAUGCGCUAUCUUGUGGAAGCCAUGGAAAAGGCAUAUCUUCAGAGCGUAUGUGGGACUAAACUUGAUUCGCGGAGCAAAGAGACCAAUCCUCUUGGUCAAAUUUUUGGGGGCUAUAUUCGAACCGAAGUUACCUGUUUGAAGUGUAAACACACUUCAACAACCUUCCAACACUUUCAAGAUAUACCUCUCGACAUACAACAUGCCUCAACGUUAGAUGAUGCUUUAGGUCACUAUUUCCGCCGUGAGAGACUUGAAGGUGACAACGCAUAUAAGUGCGAAAAAUGCAAGAGCAAAGUCCCUGCAACCAAAAAAUUUUCGAUUGAACGCGCUCCAAAUGUUCUAUGCAUCCAGUUGAAGCGCUUUGGGUUAAUGGGCGGGAAAAUGUCAAAGCAUAUCCAGUUCAGUCGGAAUUUGAACUUGAAUCGCUUCCUUUUUCAUCAGACGUCGGGAGGACCUUGCGUCACGUACAAGUUUGUAUCGUUGAUCAAUCACAUGGGGCCAUCUCAGCAUUGCGGCCAUUACACUGCUAUUGCUGAAGCAAGCAAUGGACAGCUGUAUCUAUUUGACGACUGUUCUGUCCGUUUAAUCUCGCUUAAUGUCGCUCUGAGUACAGGCGCAUAUGUGUUGAUCUACGAGAAAGUACAGUCGUCUCCAGCUACACCUAAUAAUGGUAUUGUUAAAAUGAAUUCCAUUCAGUCCAACAGCGCAGCGCCUACUCCUAAACUACCAAUUCCGCGGCCGGCUAUUAUUUCAGAACCAUCACGACCUAAAAUUCAGAUAGAAUUAAAAAAGGUUGAUCCUGUUCAGCAGAAACCACGGUUGAUAAUAAGAAACGGAACCGGUUCACUGUUCAAAUCCGCGCCAGCACCCGCUCCGUCUCCCACUACGCCUGUUGUUAAUGGACACGCCGUAAAACAUGAACAACGUACUAUCACACCCGCAAUUCCAAAAACCUCUCCACUUAAAAAUCCGACCGCCUUGGUGCCUUACGAUGGCGAAUCGUCGGACGAAGAACCAGAGAAAGAAAUUCCUACAGUUAAAACCACAGAAAUCGAUGCAUCCGCUGUCCUCUUAAAAGCUACUGAGGCGAAAUGGCAAGUUAGCCCUUCUCCAGUUCCCGUCGAGGCACCGCCUGUUGUAUGUAACGGCGGCGCUACAGUUGCUGCCAAAUGGCAAGUAUCGGAUAGUUCACAACAGGACAACAGUAGCAGUAGUACGACCAGCAGCGGCUGUGCUAGCCAAAAAUGGAUUGUCCGAUCUCUCAGUGAUACGGAAUCCGAAAGAGCUAACCCGAGUCGCCAUCAGCAGAAGGUUUAUUAUAGCGACACGGAGAUGGAUCCGCCUUCAAACAAGGCUACACCCCCUUUGAAAAAACUCAGUAACAAGAUCCGUCUCCUUAGCGGAAAGGUAUUUGGACCUUACACCAAGCAGGUGGAAGUGACACUGACGAACGAAGAUUGCAACCUGGAUGACACAGCAACUUCGAGUGGAAGAGUUCAAGAAGCGAAAACUGAUCCGGUCAAGCAAGAUGUUGCUAACGCACAGACCAGCAAAGUGCCAGUUGAAUCGUCGGUUAAGUGCAGUAACGUGAAAUGGGAUGGAAGUCGAAAUACUGACACAGUGAAGGAACUACUGCGUAUGUCCCAUAGCGGGUUCAGCGACCAAGUUCGAACUUGGGAUGGCGGCAAAAGUCAUUUAACAAAACAAGUAGAAGAUGACAAGCGUUUACAACGCAAAAGGACAGCUGACGACUUGCUAGAUGAAGAACUGGACAAGGGAAAGACGAAAAAAAUCAAGUCCGUUAAAGAGGAGAACCGUGAAUCCAGUCCAUCUCGCAAUGGUUACAAUCCGUUCCAGGUGUUUCAAGAUUCCGUUCACAAUAAUAAAGAUCAGAAACACCAUCAUCAGAAACCUGAUCACUUCAAAAAUAACCAGUCACAUAAUCGAUAUGGUUAUCAAGGCAAUCGGGGCAAAGGUUUCCGCAGUCGCGGAGGAUCAGAUCACCAUAGAUCGAAAAGCCAGACCUGGCGCCGAUUUCGGUAGUGCAUCCCAUAAAAUAAUGUUUUUGUUGUAAUUUUCACGCCAUCCUACUCUAUAAUUCAAAUUGGUUAUAAUCGUAAGUUUUUUUGUUGUCAUUGGGGAAACUUGUGUAGAGAGGGUUAAGAAUUUAACAUUGACCCAUUGUCUUCUUUCCAACUCUUCUAGCUACUACCGUUUAGUUUGUUCCUCAAUUACGAUUUGAUUUAUCGAAGCAAGAAGCGCGCAUUAAUGAUAACAUAAGUGAUGAAAAAAAUAAUAAUACAAAAAAAAAGCAUUCACCUGUAAAAA